CGCAGAGACAACUAAGAGUUGUAUCCUCCACGUGAAGCAAAACUUUCAGAAAUUUUCAUCCAAGUUGGAUCCUCCAAAGUAUGAGUACUGGAUCAAAAAUAUCAUGCUGUGGCUCAUUGAAGGUUUCCUGCACUGGUAUCUGAAUGAUUAUAAUGUGAAGUACCAGUCUGGGUUUUUGGUCAUGGCCCAAUACUUCAGGAUCUUCUGGUGCGAAGAGAUAGACAGCCUCUUCCCUUACAACCUCAGACGCAGGAUGACACAGCUUGUAUGCACCACUCUCACUGACAAAUACAAACUUGAUUUGGGAGCAAAGACGCAGCCACCUAUCAAUAUUGAUGACCUCCUGUACAAGAUGUAUCACAUUAUGGCAUUGACAAAUAUGCAUUCUAUGACUGUCUGGUGUUGACAUCAACACAGUUGCCUUAGAAAGAUGAUGUCGUUGACAUCCACACGGCCCGGGACUUUGGUUGAGUCUGAGGGAUACAUGAGAAGGCCCGACUCCUUAAAAUGGAAGGAUAUUGAGCUUUACAUGGUGAAGCACCUAGAAAACCCAGCAUGUCAGAUACUUUUGAUGAGGGUUACACCAG